ACACACGAGAAUUAUCGCAGAGAACCUGUCGAUGGCCCCUGUCACAGGUCUUAAGAACCGUCCUAAGGUGGACUUUGACGCGUAUAUGGGAAAACUGCACCAUGAGGCGGCAGGAAUCGUAUAUAACAGAAAAAUGGGAAAUCCAGAGGAUGGUGACUAUAAUGAGAUUCCCCCCGAGCUGCCGACCAGAUCAAAGCCCCUGUCAGAACCACAAUCGUUGGCAACACAAGAUCCGGCACAUGAAGACCCGAAACAUAAAGAUCCGACACAGACAGAUCCGACAAAUAAAGAUCCGACAAAUAAAGAUCCCAAACAUAAAGAUCCCAAACAUAAAGAUCCGAAACAUAAAGAUCCGAAACAUAAAGAUCCGAAAAAUAAAGAACCGAAACAAAAAGAUAAACUGGCAAAGGCGGAGAAGAAACCCGCGCCUGUGUGCUCUAAGAAACCAAAGCCUCCUCCGGCAGUACAGUCACCUAUUGCCGUGGCGGUGGAUGUAAGCGAAGAAAAGAACCCGGACUUUCCGGCUCGCAGACCUCUACCGCCGUCGACCAACACUUCCCUAAGUAAACAAGGGGCGGUACCGUAUGUCAACUGUUCCGUUGGCCGCGCAACAGUUCGUCCCUUCCCGAAAAAUAGUAUGGAACCGGCAGAACAUGACGUCACUGAUGACGCUGGUUCUUACGAACUAGUGGGAACGGCAGAUGCAGUGUACUCAGAGGCUUAUGGUGACGUCAUACCUGUCUCGAAGGAAAGUGAAAACACAAGUCAUAUUUCGUAUGGGAAUUAUGUGAAACUCGGUAUGUCAGCGUUGACGCCUUCGUCUUACCUGAUGGCACAGAUAUUGAAAACAGAUCAAGGAACUAAGUCAAUCAACAUGGACAAAAUUAAAACUUUGACAAUGAAUGAAAUAGAUUACAUUUUAAGGCUUUUGAAACUCCACGAAUACAUAGAAACAUUUUAAGAUAACCAAGUGGGACGGUGCCAUUUUGACGAGUCUCAAACGUGAUGAUUUGGUGAACGAGUUGGGGAUGAAGAAACUGCAGGCGACGAGACUAUUUAUGUACAUGUCUGAGGGCUACAUCCCCAAGUGAUUUCAUUCCUGCAUAUGCGUUUCGUGUGUGAUUCUCAUUACGCGGAAUGCAAAUAUAUGCAACUUACUCAAUACCCUGUUUAUAAUUAAAAUCUUUUGGCCUACAGCCAUUAUUAAAAUGGAAGUGAAGAUUAUGUACGCAGAACAUAGAAAACAUUAAUUUGUGUAUUGCAUAAUUUGUUACACAAUUUGGCAUAUGCAUAUGUUUUCAUGGCGUUCAAUAUGCAAGGCACGAUAAAACUUCGUGUUCUUAAUUUGAAUCUUUCAUGUCCAUUAUACGAGAGUUAAAAUUUAAUACAGUUGAAUGCAUCGGAGGUUUUAUCGUGCAUCAUCGGUGCGACAACGAACUAAGAUUGCGCUGAUACAUGGAUUGAGUUGUUAACAAACUUUGAUUGGACUGAUGUUGGCGGCUUUGUUAUUGUUUCAUGCAGUGUUUGAAAUAUGUUGUAAUAUGUUGUAAUAUGUCGUCCGUGCUAUUUGAUCCACCACUAAUCCUAAGUAUUUGAAAAUGUUUGCGCCUCAAACAUUAUAAUAAACCAGUUUUAUUGUA